AUGGCGAGGAGGCGAGAGAAACGUUCACCGGCGACGGAGAGUUCCGAACGUCGGCACAAACGAGACGAGUCAAAACCUCGAGAUGGAGAACCAGACUCCGAUCGGAGACUCAUCACCAUAUUUGUGGUCUUCUUCAUCGUGAUCCCCGCAGUCUCAAUGGCCGUGUACAAAGUCAAAUUCGAUCAUCGAGUCAUCGAAACGGAACCAUCGUUACGUCAAAAGGGAAUAAUCAAAACCGAUAUCCAUUUCCAAGAGAUCCUCACUGAACAUUCCAAGGCUUCGGAGAAUUCAUCAGUUAGGCAUUAUGAUUAUCCAGUGUUAGCUUACAUUACGCCGUGGAACUCUAAAGGAUAUGAUAUGGCAAAGAUGUAUAACUCCAAGUUUACGCAUUUAUCACCGGUUUGGUACGACCUGAAGAGUCAAGGAAAUGGAUUGGUUUUGGAAGGGAGACAUAAUGCUGAUAAGGGAUGGAUCCAAGAGCUUCGAUCUAGAGGAAAUGCCAUGAUAUUACCAAGAGUUGUUUUAGAAGCAGUUCCCGAGACAUUGCUUAGGAAGAAGAAGCUAAGGACAAAAGCUAUUAACCUUAUUGUAACAGAGUGCAAGGAUAUGGAAUUUGAUGGUAUUGUGCUAGAGUCUUGGUCAAGGUGGGCAGGAUAUGGUGUUUUGCACGACCCGGACAUGAGGAAAAUGGCACUGCAAUUCGUAAAACAACUUGGAGACGCCCUUCACGAUCAGCAUAUGCAGUUCAUGUAUGUCAUUGGUCCACCUCGUUCAGAGCAACUCCAAAUGUACGAUUUUGGGCCAGAUGAUCUUAAAUUCUUGAGAGAUUCGGUGGAUGGCUUCUCUUUAAUGACCUACGAUUUCUCAAAUGCCCAGAACCCUGGCCCCAAUGCUCCUCUCAAGUGGAUAGAACUCACCCUCAAACUUCUACUUGGUUCAUCCAACAACGUAGACUCAAACCUGGCAAGAAAGGUUCUUCUUGGUAUCAACUUCUACGGCAAUGAUUUUGCAAUCUCUGGAGGAGAUGGAGGUGCUAUCACCGGAAGGGAUUACCUAGCGUUACUCCAGAAACACAAGCCAACGUUGCAUUGGGAUAAAGAAAGUGGUGAGCAUAUUUUCAUGUAUAGAGAUCAUAAGAACAACAAGCAUGCUGUUUUCUAUCCGACAUUGAUGUCAAUCCUUCUACGGCUUGAGAAUGCUCGUCUAUGGGGUAUUGGCAUUUCCAUCUGGGAGAUUGGUCAAGGUUUAGAUUAUUUCUUUGAUCUUCUGUAA